AUGCAAUGGUUACAACUUUCCCCAGAAAUCAGCUACAACCACAACUAUUCACCUCUUGAAAUGGCAGCCGCUCGACAACAUCGCGGUUCUGGUUUUGACGUGCCCGGAGCAGUGCACAGUGUCACUACCCCACGUCUAGAUAAGGAGAUGCAAGCGGACGCAAAGCUGGUUAUUAUCAUGGUUGGACUACCUGCUCGAGGCAAAAGCUACAUUGUCAAGAAGCUACGACGAUAUCUUAAUUGGCUCCAGUACGAAACCAAGGUCUUUAACGUUGGCAAUCUACGCCGUGAACACGAAAGCGAACAUGAGCAGUCUGCCAAGUUUUUUGACCCCGAUAACGAAGAACUGAAACAGAUUCGCGACAAACUCGCCUUGGAUGUGCUAGAAAAUUUGAUUACUUGGCUCAAGGAAGGAGGACGCGUCGCUAUCCACGAUGCAACAAACUCGACGAUCGAACGACGCGCAUUAUUACUGAAGCGACUCAAGCAAGAGCCACAAAUCCGCGUGCUGCUGCUCGAAUCCUUGUGCACCGACGAACGCAUCCUCGAGCGCAACUUUCGGCUCAAAUUGCUCGGCCCGGAUUACAAAAAUAGACCUGCCGCCGAAGCAAUGGCCGAUUUCAAAUCUCGAGUGACCAAUUAUGAAAAGGCAUAUCAGCCGAUUGGUGACUGGGAAGAAGAGCGAGACAUUCAAUAUUGCAAGUUGGUCAAUGUCGGUAAAAAAGUCAUUGCUUGCAAUAUAUCAGGCUAUCUUUCCGGUCAAUGCGUCUUUUACCUCAUGAAUUUUAAUUUGGCAGAACGUCAGAUCUUUUUAACUCGACAUGGCCAAAGUGAAGAUAAUGUAACUGGUCGCAUUGGUGGUGAUGCAGACCUAUCUCCAGCUGGUCGCAAAUAUGCAGACGCACUGGCCAGAUUCAUCAAGGAACAGCGCGUUCAAUUUGCAUUGGAUCUGGUGCAGGAACAGCAUGAACGGGAAGAGAUUUGGAAGUCUAAAGGGCUGGAACCAUUGGAAAAGACGGACGGAUCGCAUACUCCAGAAGAACUCAUGCAGGCAAAAGCGGCAUCAAUAUGUAACUCACAGUUCACCAUAUGGACCAGCAUGUUGAAGCGAGCAAUGUCCACAGCACAGCACUUUGAUCCGGAUGAAUACGACAUUAAGCAUAUUCGUUUCUUGAAUGAAAUAAAUGCAUCGAUAUGUGAAGGGAUGACAUACGAGGAGAUUGCAAAUGUCUAUCCUGACGAAUACAACAUGCGAAAGCAAAACAAGCUAUUCUAUCGUUAUCCGGGAAUUGGCGGUGAAUCGUAUAUGGAUGUUAUCCAUCGAACACAAUCCAUGAUUAUCGAACUGGAACGAAUGAGCCAGUCCUGUCUAAUCAUUACUCACCGAGUUGUAAUGCGAAUCCUGCUCGGCUACCUUACUGACAUGUCACGCGAGGAAAUGCCACACAUGGAUGUUCCAAUGCACACGCUCUUUGAGGUGCGGCCAAAGCCAUAUGGCAAUGAGAUUUUAAAAUGGCGAUAUGUCGAACAUUUGGAUCGAUUUGUACAGGAGCAAUAG